GAGUUGCGUGUGCAGCGGAGCGCUGCGGGUUCAGUUUAGCGACUAAAGUCUCCAGUUUUCUGUCUGUUUGUCUCUGACAUGAAGAGCGCGUGAAGCUCAGGACUGACCGCGAGACCUUCAGGACCACCGCCAGCGCCAGAGCGUCCUCAUUGGCUGACAACCAACUGGUGGCGGAGUCAGAGCAACUGGGCUGCAAAGUGGGCGGGACGUCCUCUGAGCAGAGAUGCUGCUGACUUCCUGCUCCGCCCCCUGCAGCUACACCGUGCUCUGGUGCCUCCUGAUGAUCCUCACAGCUCCUCCAGCUGCUCUCGGGGGCGACCAGAUGGAACCUUGCGCUGGUCUGGACUGCUCAACCUGUCAGUGUUUCCCAGCCAAAGGAGCGAGGGGUUCUCCAGGUCCUCUGGGGCGGCAGGGCCCUCAGGGGCCUCCAGGCUUUCCGGGCCCUCAAGGGCCACCAGGAGAGAAAGGCCACAGGGGGAACGAGGGGCCGAGUGGACCUGCAGGACCAAAGGGAGACUUGGGGAGUGUCGGUGUUCCUGGAUUUCCUGGUUCAGAAGGACUCCCGGGUCACCCUGGUCCCGCUGGAGGUCCUGGUUUUCCAGGUCUGGAUGGAUGUAACGGAACCAGAGGAGAAAGAGGAGAACCUGGACUUCCUGGAGUGUAUGGACCUGAGGGAGUACCGGGUUUUUCAGGAUUGAAGGGAUUUCCUGGAGAUCCAGCGGUCUACUUCAUAGACUACCCUGGAAUACCUGGAGACGUGGGGACUGCGGGGCCACCUGGUCUGCAGGGUGAACUGGGUCUCCCUGGUCCAUCAGGGGCUGAGGGUCCUCCAGGACUGGACGGGACAAAUGGUCUCCCAGGUCUGCCUGGCUUCAGAGGUCCACCUGGAGAAAAGGGUCGAUCUUUGCCGGGACAGAAAGGAGAAGAGGGGGAUCAGGGCCCCCAAGGGCCUCCAGGACCAUACGAAUAUGUCGACCUUCCAGAAGACCUUUACAUCAAGGGGGAAAAGGGUUCUCGGGGCAUUAAAGGAGUCUGUGGAAGUCCUGGAGUGCCGGGUACAGCUUCUCUCCAAGGGAUCAAAGGAGAGAAGGGGAUUGUGGGAUUUCCUGGACCGAGGGGAUUUUCUGGUAUCCCAGGUAGGAUCGGAGUAAGAGGAGUCAAGGGGAUACAAGGAAGUCCAGGUCUGCCAGGUCUGAUUGGCCGAGAGGGUCUAAAGGGCAUGAUGGGAGAUCAAGGUCCAAAAGGCCUCCCUACGGUUGUGGACGUCAUCGUAACUGGUGACAUUGGAGACCCUGGUGCCCUGGGACUCAGAGGCCCCCCAGGAGAUAUGGGGCUAAUGGGAAUGCACGGCCCCCGAGGAGCCCCUGGCAGGUCCAUACCUGGAUCAGUGGGGUCUGUUGGUCAGGUAGGUAUUCCGGGAUCCAAAGGGGACAGAGGAGAUCCAGGUGAGGUGUAUAAAGGACCCACACCUGGCGAACCCGGAAAACCAGGACGCCCUGGACCCCAAGGACUGAAAGGAGAACCAGGAAUUCCAGGUAGAUACUGUCUUUCUGGGGCCACUGGAGAGUCUGGAAAGUCAGGUGAACAGGGUCCUCCUGGGGCUCAAGGUUUUCCAGGUUUCAAAGGUAGUCGUGGCGAUUGUUCUUGUGGCCCCCCUCCUGAAAUCAGGGGCCCCCCAGGACCUGUGGGUGACGCAGGGUCUCCAGGGUUUCCAGGAGCCACAGGGGCCCCAGGGUUUAGGGGGGAGACAGGUUUACCUGGAGACACCGGAGAGCGUGGAGAACAGGGUCUGGCUGGAUUUCCAGGUGUCAAAGGGUUUAAAGGACAGAGGGGAGAUUAUAAUGUGGUGGAUAUAAAAGGUGAGAAAGGAAACAGAGGCCAGCAAGGACCUCCAGGAAGACAAGGAUUCUCAGGGAGAAGAGGACUUGAUGGGCUCCCCGGGGCCCCUGGGAACUCUGGUCCCCCGGGUCCAAGUUUCCCCAGUUCUCCUGGAGACAGAGGCUUCCCAGGAUUCCCCGGGCAAAAGGGGUUAGCAGGACCAUCAGGCACUGUUGGGACAAGUGUUAUUGGGGCCAUAGGACAAAGAGGGGCCCCUGGAAACAUGGGACCUCCAGGACUCCUUGGCUUUCCAGGGCCAAAAGGAGUUAAAGGUGACACUCUGCCCUGUGUGCCAAGAAACCCAGGACUUCCUGGAGAGAAAGGACAAAAGGGAAAUAGAGGUUACACAGGACUCCCGGGGGCUCCAGGUUUUCCAGGCCUCACUGGACCUGAUGGACUGAAAGGAGACAAAGGUCAAUCUGGACUUCUUGGACCACCUGGACGACAAGGACAGACAGGUUUUGUUGGAGAUACUGGGGAUGAAGGACCUGAAGGCUUCAGUUAUAGUGGAGAUCCAGGCUCUCCAGGACUUCAAGGUUCUCCUGGACUCCCGGGCCUUGAAGGAGACUCCAAUGUAGGGCCAUCAGGACCUAUUGGCUUCCCUGGACCAUGGGGUUCUCAGGGUCCUAAAGGUGUACCUGGUCCUCCAGGGAAUGAUGGCGUACAAGGGGCCCUUGGUCUGUAUGGGAGCCCUGGAGCAAAAGGCCAAAGAGGACAGGAUGGGGCCCUUGGUAUAACGGGCCCCCGGGGUCCCCCCUCUGAUAGUUGUGAUGCAGGAAAAUCAGGUCCCAAGGGGCUUUUUGGCCCCCAGGGGCCGAUUGGCCCACCAGGAUGUAUUGGGGAGAAAGGAGACAUUGGAGAGGAUGGCCCUCCAGGUUUUGGCCCUAAAGGCUCCAAGGGAAAACCUGGCUCUUCUGGUUUCCCAGGUUACCCGGGGCUCCAGGGCCCCACUGGAGUAAAUGGAGAUUCAGGACUGCCUGGUCCUGGGGGUCAGAAAGGCCUGAUUGGGCCCCAGAGCCAAGAGGGAGUGCCAGGGUCCCCUGGACAGCCUGGGGCCACUGGAGCCCCAGGGAGGAGGGGGUCCAGAGGGUUUGAUGGUCGAGAUGGAGCUCAAGGAUGUGAAGGCCCGAAAGGAGAGAAAGGCUGUAAAGGGGCUACAGGGCCUCCAGGAGACACCAAUGUUGUUUCCAUCAAAGGAGAGCAAGGGAAACUAGGACCCCCUGGCAUCUACGGCUUUCCUGGACCAAGAGGAAAUAAAGGUGCACGAGGAACAAUUGGUAAGCCUGGGUAUGCAGGUAUCAAUGGACCCCCCGGUAUAAUUGGUCUUCAAGGACCCUCUGGACCCUGUGGCAUACCAGGGCCCCCAGGACCACCUGGACGUCCAGGACCUCGAGGCCUCAUCGGCUUUCCAGGACAGACAGGAGAUUCAGGUGACUCAGGAUGUCCGGGGCAACCUGGAGAACCCGGUGCUCAAGGAUGUACUGGACCUAAAGGUGAUAUAGGAGACUCUGUUGGCGUCCCUGGUCCACCUGGAGGCAGGGGGCCUCCUGGAGACUUUGGGCCCUUAGGACCUCCUGGACCUCGAGGAGAUACUGGAGGUCCAGGUUUCAUUGGGGAUUCAGGACAUAGAGGAUGCAAAGGAGAUCCAGGUUUUCAAGGUGACCCAGGACAACAAGGUGUUGUCGGUCCCCAAGGUCCUAGGGGUCGCCCUGGUCCCACAGGUUUUCCUGGUGAAGCAGGUGCUGAUGGUCCUCCAGGACCGCUGGGCUUCCAAGGACUCCAAGGUCCUCCAGGACCGCUGGGACUACACGGACUAGACGGACUGAAAGGAGUGAAGGGGGACAUGGGGACCAGAGGUCUGGGUGUUCAAGGUCCUCCAGGUGCUCAAGGUCUUCCAGGAGAUAAAGGUCCUCCAGGUCCUCAAGGAUACUUUGGCACAUCACAGCCCGGCCCACAAGGACCCAAAGGUCUCCCAGGACCCAAAGGACCUCCAGGUGGUUUAGGACCUCCAGGUACACCUGGACCAGACUGUAAAGGUCCAGUCCCCGGGCCACGUGGAGAUCCUGGAUGUUCUGGAACAGACGGUGAACCAGGGUCUCCUGGGGACAUGGGGGAUCCAGGUCCAAACCCUCCAGUACCUGGAGACGAUGGGGACAACGGGGACACAGGGUGCAGGGGGCCUCAGGGUCCUCAGGGACCUCCAGGGCCUGGGGGAAUGCCAGGAAGCCCUGGAGGUCCUGGAGUCAAAGGUCUUCGGGGGUCUCAAGGUCUGAUGGGACUACCUGGAAAUCGGGGUCCUAAAGGUUGUUCAGGUUCCACUGGCCCUCUAGGAUCAAAGGGAUUUCCAGGACCGGUUGGUCCAAAGGGGGAGACGGGACGAGUCUCCGACUGUCCUCCUCACCCCCCAGCCCCACAGGGCGCCCAAGGACCACCUGGUCCCCCCGGUCUGCCCGGAGAUCCUGGCAUCGAGGGAGAAAUUGGGCUGCUUGGACCAAAAGGUAAAAAGGGGGACAUUGGGUGCGAGGGACCAAAAGGCGAACCGGGGCCCCCAGGUUCAGAAGGAGAUGGAGGAGGGCCGGGCCGGAUGGGGCCGACUGGAGUUACAGGAGAGAAAGGUGAUCCAGGUCCAGUGGGUGACCCCGGUCAACCCGGGCCGAACAGGAAGUUGAACUCGGGCUUCCUGUUGGUGGUGCACAGCCAAUCAAAGACGAUCCCUGCCUGCCCUUUGAACUUGAGGGUGCUGUGGGUGGGCUACAGUCUGCUGUACCUGGAGGGUCAGGAGAAGGCUCACACUCAGGACCUGGGUCAGGCGGGCUCCUGUAUGCAGGUGUUCUCCACCAUGCCGUUCUCCUCCUGUAACAUGGGAACCUGCUCCUAUGCCAGCCGCAACGAUAAAUCCUACUGGCUGUCCACCACGGCGGCCGUACCCAGUAUACCCGUGGGUGGAGCUGCCAUCGAGGAUCACAUUAGCCGCUGUGUGGUGUGUGAAGCCCCCUCCUCACCUGUCGCUCUGCACAGCCAGACCUCCACCCGGCCGGACUGCCCCCCCUACUGGACGAGCUUGUGGGAAGGAUUCUCCUUCCUCAUGCAUACAGGUGCAGGUGAUGAGGGAGGCGGCCAGUCUCUGACAUCAUCAGGUAGCUGUCUGACAGACUUCAGGGCCCAGCCCUUUGUGGAGUGUCAAGGGCCCAGAGGGACCUGCCACUACUUCGCCAACAUCUACAGCUUCUGGCUGAUCCAAGAGCAGACAACCACUUCCACCUCCACAACGCUGACCCAUGGCUGGGAACAGAGGGACAAAAUAGGGAAGUGCAACGUCUGCAUGAGGGAGUGAGGAGGAGCAGCACCUCCUCCUCCUCCUGCAGAGUGUGAGAGGACGGACAGGACGAGAAACGUUUGUUUUUCUCUGUGAGGAGAGAGAGUCACAUUUGGAAGAUGCUGACAAUCAAUCAAUCAAUCAAUCAAUCAAUCAAUGAAAUAAUCAAUCAGUCAAGUUCAGGUUAACAGGGGAGCCUCAGAGGCGCACAGUUUAGUUUAUUCAGCUUUUUAGCAAACACGACAGAAGACAAGUUUAAACUGGGUUUGUAGAUUUUAUCUUUAAGUGUGAAUCAAGGCUUUAAAUAUCUCUUUGAAUUAAACGAAAAAAACAAAUAUUCGAUUUAAAUACUGGCAUAAUUUCCACUAGAAAAAUCUGUUUGCUUAAAGCCCAGUCAGCCUGGAUUAAUUAUCUUUUCAGCCAAGGGUUUUUAGUCUACAUGUUUACAUUAAAUAUAACAUAUUAUAUCAAUGACUAACCUGAAAAUAUAAAGGACUAAGAAUCGAUCCCUGUGGAACCCCGUAAGUGAUUCUUGACUGCAUCUGGGGAGAUUGUGUUGCUCUGUGUUUUCUGAUGUAGAAGAAGGAUAGACCAAAUGUCAGACAACUGCGUAAUGAAAGUAAGACUGAGUUUGAGUUAUUUUGUGCAGCGAGUGCAGUUAUGACUUAAGUGUGACCUGUAAGUUACAUGGAAACUGUCACUCAGUGAAGACAGAUGGACAGGAGCUCCACAUCGGAGACAGAACACCAUCAGAGAUAUCCUGGUACUGAUCCUAGCUAACAGGUCACUGAUCAGCGAGGAGGAAGGAGAUUAACAGAGCUGAGAGAGAACAAGUGAUGAUUUGAUUGGUUUGCACGUGUAUCUUGGAGAACAAAUAUUUGCAGGCUGUGUGCAACAAUUACAACCAAAUUUUCCUGCAGUCGAACCUGCGGUAGAUGAAAAGGUUGGCUUCACUUUUGGUCCUAACACAGCUUAAGUAAACUUUAGUAAACAGCUACAACUUAGCUCCAACACGGGGCAGUCAACACUGUCUAACACACCACUUUGUAAUGAUGAGGUGUAAUGUGAACGUAUGAUUUUUACAUUGAAGAUUAACCUUGUAUAAAGGAAAGUCAAUAUGUUACAAAGUGAUCGAAAAUAAAAUUUUUGGGACUUUUAUCCAAAGUUUAAAAAUGUGUGAAUAUCUAACAAAUUAAACUGUAAAUUCAGUUAUUCGUCUUGUUCAGUACAAAGAAUAAUUUAUUCUUAAGAUCCUUCAGCCCCAGUUUAAAUCAGUUGUUUUGUAAUGUUUGCUGAAUUGAACAAAGAUACAAAAAUAGUUUUAAAAAAAGUCAUAUUUAUUCCCUUUUAGCUAAUUAAUUCAAAUCAGUUAUUUAAAAAAUGCUCACUAUCACUGAUGUUCGAGGUGAUUUACUUCCUGUGACAUCAUUGUUUGGCAGCAUUAACGUGACAUUUUCUCCUCAACCGUAAGAACGACGUUGAGCACCUGAGUGAACAGUAACCCCGCCUCCAGCCCGACCCAUCCCCCAACCAGAACUGCACUGAAAAUCUCUCUGAUAGGUCGGCGGAAAACGCGUUCUGAUUGGUCGGCUGAGAGGCAGUGACUGCAUGUCAGUGGACAGUAUUUUGUUAAUAAGUAGGGCCAGAAUUGUGUGAGAAGCUGUGAAUAUAUUUGACCUUGAAACAUGUUUUUGUCCAGAUGUGUUCAGAGCGCCCCCUUCAGCUCGCCUGAUUUAUUGUUCUUUAUUCAUGUUUUAAGUUUCAGUGUAAAAACAAAGAGGGCGGCAGUCAGAUUUAAACACGGUAAUGACUUAACCCAAGGUUGUUGUUUUUUUAAUCACGACAAGACGUGAAGUGACAAUCUGUCCUGUUACUCUGAGUCUAAAAAACUGCAGAACGGAACCAGAACUAGAACCAGAACUGAAUUUAAGGACUGAAUCCAACUCGUCUUCAUGUGUUUACACUCAAAUUCACUUAAAAAUGUAAGCAUGAUUGUUUCAUUUAAGAUUAAACAAAAGGUCUGUAGUCGGCGUCAUGAUACAAAUGUUUUAAUACUUA